AUGGCGGGCGGCAGCCAGGAAACGGCGGCGUCAGCUGACGGCUCCGCCGGGAAACGGCCGGCGCAGGACGGGCAUCCCUCCUCCUCCUCCUCCUCCCCACCGGCACCGCGGCACCGGCGCUCCACCCCCCCGAGCUCGGCCUCCUCUUCCCUCGCCGCCCCCCUGGGCAGCCCAUCCUGUGUGCCUGAGGACCUGCGGCUGGGUCCGCUGCUUCCCGAGUUAGAGCAUUGCCGUGCAGCGCAAGGAGCUCACAGGAGACUUCUGGAUGCAACCUCCGAUACUAAAUACAUCCAAGGAUAUCUCCCACCCAGAAGUUUCCAAGACGGAAAGGUCACACAUCCUGGCAAGAGUAACCUGGAUUACUACAGGAAUGACAGCAUGCUGCUGUCCCUGUGUGAAAACCCAGUGAACAGCACAGACUUCGUGUGCAAUAAGGGGCAGGUCAGGCAGUUUGCUCAAGCCUUCCUGCCAGUGUUUUUCUGGCUCAUCUUCACUGUGGGCACAGUGGGGAACACCUUGGUGCUGCUUGUCUAUUGCAAAUACCACUUCAGGAGGAGCAUGAUGGAUCGGUACCUGCUGCACCUGGCCAUUGCUGACCUCCUGCUCCUUUUCACCUUCCCCUUCUGGGCCAAGGCUGCUUCUGAUGGAUGGAUUUUUAAGGACUUCAUGUGCAAAGUUGUCAACAGCAUGUACAAGAUCAACUUCUAUGGCUGCAGCUUGCUUCUAACCUGCAUCAGCUUUGAAAGGUACAUCACUAUAGUCCAAGCGAUGAAAGCUAGAACUUGUAAGCGAAGGUGGCUCCUGCGCAGCAGGCUCAUGUGCCUGGCUGUCUGGCUGACAUCUGUGAGCCUCUGCGUCCCAGAAAUCAUUUACAGCCAGAGCACACAGGUGGGUGACGUAACAGUUUGCAAAAUUAUGUACCCAUCAAAUGUCAGCGUGAUCUUCAGAGUUACAGUCCUGGCCUUGAAAGUUAUCAUAGGAUUCUUCAUCCCUCUCUUUGUCAUGGUGAUUUGUUACACCCUUAUUAUCAACACCCUCCUACAAGCCAAAAGAUCCCAAAAACAGAAGUCGCUGAAGAUCAUCACCAUGAUCAUCACCGCUUUCCUCCUCUCUCAGUUCCCGUACAAUAUUGUUUUGCUGGUCAAAGCCAUCAACGCCUACAACGGGGUGGUGCACAGUUGUAAGGCUGCCAACCAGCUGGACAUCGCACUGCAGGUCACCCAGAGCAUUGCCUUCCUCCACAGCUGUCUCAACCCCUUCCUCUAUUUUUUUGCUGGUGAGCGGUUCAGGAUGGAGUUGGGCAGGAUGAUGCAAAGCUGUGGCUGCUGCUGGAGCAGGGGCCAGGAGCACUCCACUGCCUGUGACAGCCAGGAGAACAGCUCCAACUGGUCCUUUGCCAUGCUGGGGGGGCGGCGGAUCAGGAACUCCCUGAUCCUCAACACUCACUGGACCUCCUCUGCUAUGUCCCCUCCUUGCAAAGUCAUCCUGUAA